UACAAUCACAGCCCGGCCCGCAAUGGCUGCUACAGCAGCUCCCUCCCACCGCGACCUCGUCUUCGCCUCCGUCUUCCCGCUCGCCAGCCACAGCAGCAAUAGCAGCAACAUCAUCACCACCGCCGCCGCCGCCGCCGCCGCACCGCCGCAGCAACAACACCAGCACGACGCCUCCACCGCCGGCCCAGACACGCCAUCCUCAGCUUACGCGACGCGCAGCCACGACCGCCGCGCCUCGACACGCACCCAUCACCACUCGACAUCGCAGCCACACGCACACGACGACCGCGCCCAUGCCUGGGCAAUCGCGACGCGCGCCCUCGCGCUCCCCGACACGCUACCCCACCAGGCGCGGGGCCGGCGACGCCUAAACACCGAAGCGCACGAGGCGCUGCAAUUUCUGCUCACAAGCAAUGGGGCUGGGCAGCCAGGCGGGGGACUGCUGGAGUGGUAUGCGAGCGAGGUGGGGGGCCAUUUCGCAACGCACGUGAGGCCGGCGCUGGGGCGCCUGUGGGACCAUCCGAUUGAGACGGGCAGGGCGGGGCUGGUGCUCAGGAAGUCGGUCGAGCUGCUCGCGGCCGCGCAGGCGGCUUAUUUGCUGCCUUUGACGGAUCAUGUCGGCCCCGUUUUGAGGGCGGCCGUGGGCGAGCAUGAGCAGAGGGCUGUAUGCAAUAAGUUUCGCAGGGAGCAUCAUGCUACCGUGCUGCAUUCGCUGCCGCAGCACCGCUUUGCUAAGACCCUCAGCUUCGUCCUCUACGAUGCCGGGUGUCGGCUGUUUAGGCUGCGUGGGCAGGAUUGUGCCGACGGCGGAGACGCGAGGAAGGAUGCCAACCGUGGCAGUCGGAGCCACUGGUCCAAGACUAUGCGGAUUCUGAAAGAGAUGCAAGAGGUCGGGCUGGGUGGCGAUCAGGCUCAAAGAGCGGCGGCGCAUGCGAUGGACAAUCUCAUGGAUACGUUCAUUGCCAGCCACUAUAUGAAGGUGGACUGGUAUGGCAGGAAGGCCGUCACGCGGAAACUGAAAGAAUGGGUCAAGGACGCGUAUGCACCGAUUGUCAGGGAGAUCAUGGGUUACUUGACUGGCGGCGACCAGGAGCUUAUCGACAGCGAGGUCCAGCAGUGGGUCGACAUGGCGGUUGGCAGACUGGGCAGGGCGCGGGUGGAGAACCUCUUCGACUACAUUGUGAACUGGGACCGGUCGUUGGGAGCAAUCCUGGACCUAAAGGAGUACAUCACGACACCCGCCGCUCGGAACCACCUCACAAACACCUUCCUGCAGCAAGUGGUUCGGCGCCUGCUGCACGCCGGUGCCACGACGACGCAUAUCCUAGACACGUACAUCUACGUCAUCCGCGCCUUUGUCGAGCUGGACCCGAAAGGCAUUCUCCUCGAAAAGGUCGCCAGGCCCGUCCGACGCUACCUGCGCGACCGCGAAGACACGGCGCGCAUCAUCGUGUCGAGUCUGCUUGCGGACGUCGAGGACGACGAAGGCAACAGGAUCGACCCGGGUCCGGACAUCAGCAUAGAGAUUGCGGCCGAGAUGCUGCAUCCCUUUGAGUCGAACAUCGAAGAGCAAGACCAGGAGCUGGACUGGGCGAAUAUGGACUGGCUGCCUGAUCCCGUGGACGCGUCGCCAGAGUUCAAAAAGGCCAAGUCGGAGAACGUGCUGGCGUAUUUGUUGAGCUUGUACGAGCGCGAGGACUUUAUCAACGAGCUGAAGAAUAUUCUCGGCGAGCACUUGCUUAAGAACGAGGACUCGGAGUUUGAGAAGGAGAUCCAACUCCUCGAACUCUUCAAGCUCCGCCUCGGCGACACGAACCUGCAAGCCUGCGAAGUAAUGCUCAAAGACGCGCUAGAAUCCAAGCGCAUGAACAAGCAAAUCCAGCAAACGCUCACCCACCACCCCUCAUCACCAGAGCUCUCGGCGCAAAUCCUGUCCGCCUUCUUCUGGCCCGCCCUGCGCGAAGACGAGUUCGCCCUCCCGCAACCCAUCCGCGCCGCCAUGGUCGCCUACGAAAAAGGCUUCGAGGCCAUCAAAGACAUGCGCAAGCUCCGCUGGCUGCCGGCUCUGGGCCGCGUGCGCGUCGAGCUGGCGUUCGCGGACCGCACGCGCGUGCUGGAUGUCUUGCCCUGGCAGGCGUGCGUCGUGUACGCGUUCCAGGAGAGCGAGGACGACGACGCUGCCCUAGACGAGAAAGAACGCCAGCGCCACGCCCGCCUGCGCGCUGUCGGCGCUGCGCCACCGGAGCCUGCGCUGCCGACCCCGGUCUCGAAGACUGUGGAACAGCUCGAGGAACAGCUGGAGAUGGACGAGACCCUGCUGCGCGCGGCGCUGCGCUUCUGGGUCGGGCAGCUCGUGCUGCUCGAAACGUCUCCAGACACAUACACAACAUUGGAAACGCUCGACCAAGCCUCCACCUCCUCCUCUGGCGCCGCUGCUUCAGCAGCCGAAGCAGCAGCCGAAGCCGCCGACACGGUCUCCGCAGUAAAGAGCCAGCACGACGUCCUGCUGCAGAACCUGCAGGUGUACCGCCAGUUUGUGCUGGGCAUGCUGACGAACCAGGGCCGCAUGGACGCGGGCCGCGUCACUAUGAUGCUGAAGAUGGCGCUGCCGGGGGGGUUCCCGUUUGGUGGGGAGGAGGUCGCGGUUCUGUUGUGGGGGAUGGUCGAGGAGGGCGUGCUUGUGGAGGUUGGGGGUGGGGGGUUUGCUGUGCGGAAAUAGGGUGGUGGUAGGUAGGUAGGUGAAAGCGCUUUUCUUAUUCGCUGUCUCUCAAUUUCUGGCUCAGUCUCAGUCUCUGUCUCUCUGUCUAUUCCAGACGCGUCUCUUACAAAUCACAUUACACCCACCCCCGCAUUCCAUUACAACCACCACCACCCUACCUACUCCGCAACACUACUCCGCCACAUCAUAAGACUCCCCCCUAUUCACC